CCUCCACGGCUCCACCUCCAAUCCUCCGUAACCCUACGAGCUCCCGACCCCAGCAGCGGCCGGCGGUGGCGCGGGCGCGCGGCAACGGCGGCCGGCAACUGCAGGAGCAGCGCCACAGUGGCUGCAGCCUAGCGCGCCACGCGCGCGGGCACGCGGCACGGCCAGGGGCGGCCAGCGCCGACGGCCGGGCACGGCGGGCAGGCCGCAGGGGCCAGCACCGGCGCCCAGCAGCAGCAGGCUGCAGGCAACAGCGGGCCGGCGGUGCUUGCCUAGACAGGCAGAGGCAGAAGCAGCACUGCAGCACCAGCACAUGUUCUGAUUUGUUCAAACAUGAAGAGGAAGAAGGGUAGUAGUGCUGUUACUGAUCUGUGUUCUUUCUUGCAAAAGAGUGCCGCCAAGAAAAAACAAACCGAGCUAGAGAUUGUUACUCCAUCUACUAAUGAAAGUCAAAUGCAGUUGGUGGUAUUUCAAGGACAGAGUGACACGGGAACAAGCACCGGUCAACCUCAAUCAAUGAGAGAUGAGUGUUUUGCAAUUCUUGCAGAUGAGUCAAGUGAUGCAUACCAACAAGAACAAUUGGCUCUUUGUUUGCGUUAUGUCAAUAAAAAAGGAGAGCCAGUUGAGCGGUUUCUUGGUCUUGUUCAAGUUGAGGAUACUACAACACUGACGCUUAAAGAGGCAAUUCAGUCCUUGGUUAUGAAAUAUCAAUUGCCCUUAUCCAAGGUACGUGGUCAAGAAUAUGAUGGAGCUAGUAAUAUGAAGGGUAAUGCUAAUGGGUUGAAGAAAUCACUACUCCAGCGCCCCUCAUCACCGCCGGUUCAAAAUAGGCAUCACCGCCGGUUUGGGGGGCGUUGGAUUUAAGUCGAUGGUGAUAUGUGGGGUCAUCACCGCCGGUUCAUAAACCGUUGGUGAUGAGUGCGCCAACAGUUGGUGACGAGUGCGCCAGGCGAUCAUCACCGCCGGUUCAAGUAUCAAACCGUUGGUGAUAUGUUGAUCAACACCGCCAGUUUAUUACAGGAACCGGCGGUGAUGAUCCUUUUUCCAUCAAAAAAAAUAUGCUCAUAUAAUAAUAUUGCACCAUUUGUCCAGCAUUGAAAUUGGGUGAGAUUGAAACUGGGCAAGGUUUGAAUCAAGAGAUGGGUUUAGCAAGGCCAGGUGAUACAUGCUGGGGAUCUCACUACAGAACGGUAAUGCAUGUUCUGUUUUUGUAUCGUUCAAUAAAAAAAGUUCUCUUCAGGAUUGGGAAAGAAAGUAAAGGGGCUGAGGCUAAUGGAGCUCAAACUAUGCUCACAGUAUUUAAGUCAUUUGAGUUUGUUUUCCUCCUACACGUGAUGAAUGAAAUAUUUGGCUACACAAAUGACUUAUGUGUUGCUUUGCAAAAGAGGGAGCAAGAUAUUGUAAAUGCAAUGGAUCUUCUUGAGUUCACAAAGAUAGAACUAGAUGUGCUGAGACAAGAUUCCGGAUGGAAAGAAUUCCUUAAUAAGGUCAUUUCUUUUUGUGAGAAGCACAAAGUUAAAGUUGUUGACAUGAAUGGGAAGUAUAUUCCCCAGCAAAGAUCAAGGCAAUUCUAUAGAGGUGGCAUAAAUUACCAUCGGUUUCAUGCUGAUAUGUUCUUGGGUAUCAUUGAUAGACAAGUUCAAGAGCUUAAUAAUAGAUUUGAUGAGGUAAACACAGAGCUACUUAGAUGCAUGGCAUCAUUCAGUCCAGCCAAUUCAUUUGCUGCUUUUAAUGCUGAGAACUUGAUUAAGCUUGCUAAGUUCUAUCCUCAUGACUUUACAUUUGAAGAAAUGAAUCAACUUCCUUUUCAAUUGAACCAAUAUAUCAAUGAAAUGAGGAAUGAUGACAACUUCAAAAAUUUGAGAAGUCUAGCAGAGUUACCUAUGAUGCUAGUUAAAGAAGAAAAGGUUUCUCGAUAUGAUAUUGUUUACAAACUUCUCAAAUUGGUGCUACUUCCCCCUGUUGCAACUGCUGGUGUUGAGAGGAUCUUUUCUAUAAUGAACUUUGUCAAAAACAAGCUAAGAAACAAGAUGGGGCAGAAAUUUUUGAAUGGUUGCUUGGUCACAUUCAUUGAAAGGGAAUUCUUCUUCCAAGCUAAGGAUCAGGACAUCAUCUCUUAUUUUUCAGGCCAUUAAGGAUCAAAAAGUUAAACUGUAGGCUGGAAUUUGUAAGCUUUCUUAUCAUUUGUUGUUUUAUCCUUUAUUUAUUUUACAUGUUUGUCAAACAAUUUCAAAUUAUGCUAUGAUAAUGCUAUGA